AGUUUGCUCCUUCCCAAUCCGAUGUUUCAUUUACUUUGUACAACAACAAAACUUUAUAUGCGAAGUCUCAAGCUUUAAACCUUUAGCCAUGGCUUACUGGUUUUUCAACUUCCUAUAUUUGGGUCUGUGUGGGAAGUCCGGCACUCUUUAACAUUUUUCUCACCUCUAAAAAUCAUGUGGGUUGUGCACAGAACCAGAUAAUUUUAGCUCCUGGUGAAUUUUCUUUUGGUUGCAAGGAUGUGUGAAUGGGAAACGUGAGAGAGCCUUGCACGGAUAAGAAAAGGAGGUGUUUUUGCCUUAUUUUCUCUUCAGCAAUUAUUGUUUUCCUCAGCAAGGAUUUUUUUUUUUUUCCCCUUAUCUCUAAUAAUAAUUUUUCAUAAGCUUCUAUAUUGAUGAAUGGAUAAACCACGGCAGGCAGAGACACCAGCUUCAGCUUGGUUACUAGGGUAGAUUCUGAAAGAGAAAAUUUACAAUCCUUUUACUAGGGUAGCUUUAGCUUCAGCUUUUCUAUCCAUCUUUUUUAAGUUUAAUGUUCUACCAACUUAAUAUUAUAUAUCAUACGUUCUUGUUAUCUUGUUGUUUAUUGUGAAAUUCUGAUUUAUGAUUUAUUUGGUAGAUGGGAAAAGUGGAAGAUAUGAGAGGGAGCUUGAGUAUGGAAAAUAAAAGAAGGAUGGGUGGCUGAUCCAUUACUCGGACGCACCAGGUUGGUUAGUAUGGGAGAGGAAACCAUAGAGAAUCAGCAACUCGUAAUCGCUCAAGAUGGGAAAAAUGGAAGGAGAGAAAUGGAGGGAGAGAGAGACAGGACAAGGGGUCACAUCCCUUGUUUUAUUUGGUAGAGUUAUUAGGGAAUCCGAAAUAUCCGAAAUUAGGACCAAUGAAAGAUUGCGCAGCACACUGAAUAAAGUUGUUCUGGCAUAUAGUGGUGGCUGACAAUCAUCAAUCUUUGUCCCGUGGCCACGGAAAACAAUGGUUGUGAAGUUGUUUGUUUCACUGCUGAUAUUUGUCAAGAUGCAAAGGAGUUGGAAGGUUUGGAAGAGAAGGACAAGGUUGGGGCUUGUCAGCUAGUGGUGUGCUAAGGUUCACUUUCAGCUUGUAUUGUUUUUCUUUAUAUCCAAAACUAAAAGUUGUGGCCCUUGGAGAGAGUUAGACACGAGGGAUAGACAAGAUGCUAAUUAAGAAGCAUAAUGUGCCUGUCCCAGUGUUACAUGCUGUAUUUGGACACGUGUACCCCAAAUUGCUGAACUCUGUCUUAUUUGUAAAAGGAUAAGUGGAUAACCCAGUAUGCAGAAACACAAACUUGGUUGGUAGGGAAGACUAGGGGAGAGGACCAUACAGAGAAACUUCCAUCCACUAUGGCUCAAGAAUAGAAAGAAUAUCCUAUCCUUAUCUGGUAGGAGAGAGUGCAGAGAAAACAGAAUAGCAUAAACAAAAUGAAGAGUUAAACAAAAUUUGGCUUUCCACUAUACAAUCCUGCUACCCCUUUCACCAUCCCUACCUUGUCUCCUUCCAAGACAAAGAACCUGGGAACUGAAAACGUAGACACUGGUGUUAUAGCCUUUGGUUACUUUGAGAGAGUAGAGCACACCGAGACUGAAAUUCAGCACUACCCAUUAUGGUUCAGUUGAAAUCAUUUUCACUGUGCUUGUCCACUGGUCUCCCUUUUCCUGGACAAAAGAGAUCUUCAAUUUUAUAUCAUGACAAAGUAUGUUGCGCCAGGAAAUUUUUAUCAGGCUAUCAGUUAGGGGCAAGAACCGGUGAGCUCCAUGGGAAUGUGUAUGCGGUUAUUAGCAAGGAUGGUAGUGAUAGCAGAGCUCAUAAGCAAGUUGUUAGAGCAGUUUCGCCUUCUUACAAAGUGUCUGAAAUAUCUGAAACAAGUAAGGAUAAAGGAUUACGUGGAAAAUUGAAUAAGAUUGUUCUGGCCUACAGUGGUGGCUUAGACACAUCCGUCAUUGUCCCAUGGCUAAGGGAAAACUAUGGUUGUGAAGUUAUUUGCUUCACUGGUGAUGUUGGUCAAAAUAUAAAGGAGUUGGAAGGUUUGGAAGCAAAGGCCAAGGCCAGUGGAGCAUCUCAGUUAAUAGUGAAGGACUUGAAAGAAGAACUUGUGAAAGAUUAUAUAUUCCCUUGCUUGCGAGCUGGUGCAAUUUAUGAGAGGAAAUACUUGUUGGGUACCUCAAUGACUCGUCCUCUUAUUGCUAAGGCCCUGGUAAAUAUUGCAAAAGAAGUCAACGCUGAUGCUGUGGCUCAUGGAUGUACAGCCAAAGGAAGCGACCAGGUUUGCUUUGAGCUUACUGUGUAUGCCUUGAAUCCCACACUAAAAGUUGUGGCUCCUUGGAGAGAGUGGGAUAUUAGGAGUAGAGAAGAUGCUAUCGAUUAUGCCCUGAAGCAUAAUGUGCCUGUCCCAGUGACUAAGAAAUCUAUAUACAGCAGAGAUUGGAAUUUAUGGCAUCUCAGCCACGAGGGUGAUAUUUUAGAAGAUCUGACCAAUGAACCGGAAAAGGAUAUGUACAUGUGGACAUUGGAUCCAGAAGAUGCACCAAAUAAACCCGAAUUUGUAGAAAUUGGAUUUGUCUCAGGACUCCCAGUUUCAGUCAAUGGAAAAGUGCUCACACCCGUAUCACUAAUCUCUGAGCUCAACCAGAUUGGUGCAAGGCACGGAGUUGGUCGUGUUGACAUGAUUGAAAAUAGGAUUGUUGGCAUGAAAGGCCGAGGAGUGUAUGAAACUCCUGGUGGUACAAUCUUGUUCACCGCCGCACGUGAGCUGGAGGCAUUGACUUUGGAUAGAGAAACAAUGCAAGUUAAAGACUCAUUGGCACUCAAAUAUGCAGAGCUGGUUUUUGCAGGCAGGUGGUUCGACCCGCUUCGGGAAUCCAUGGAUGCUUUCAUGGAGAAGAUCACUGAGACUACAACAGGUUCAGUUACUGUAAAGUUAUACAAAGGCUCAGUUUCAGUAACAAGCUGGAAGAGUCCAUAUAGUUUGUAUAGGCGAGAUAUUUCAUCAUUUGAAACAGGGGAUAUGUAUAGAAAUUCUGAUGCUGCUGGGUUUACUCGGGUUUAUGGUCUUCCAAUAUGGAUUAGAGGGGCAAUGAGGCUAAGGCCUCAGUAAAUCUGCAUUUAUUUUUUAAGAGAAGGAUUGAGACAUGUACGCAUAUAUAUAUAUAUAUAUAUAUAUAUAUAUAUAUAUAUAUAUAUAUACAUAUAUAUUAUAUGCAAUAUAUGUGUAAUUUUUCUACAAUAUAUACAUAAUAUGAACUAUUUUCAAGUUA